AGUGUUAAUGAUCAUCUUCCGAAAGCACUCUACAAAUCGAGUCUGUCAUCUAGUCCUGAAGAUAGUUUCGCAUCACGUAAAGAUGUGACCACUGGAAACAGUCAUCUUCGACCGCUGAAUAAUGUUGUAAAUAAUUCAUAUAGUAUCUCAAAAUUGUUGGAGAAAAAGGAGCCAUCUACGAGUAGUCGGGCAAGCAGCUCAUCGGUUAGCGACGACGAUAACGUUUCGAAUGGUCGAUGUCGGUCCACAGACGAUGAACCAAUCAGGUCAGCCUCAACUCAUACUGUUGAUAUAGAUCGAGUUGUGGCGAGUGAAAGAGUCUCGGAGAGCAUUGAGCGAAAUGCGGCCGCAGCCGUUUGGCCACAUUUGUUUGCGGCCGGUCCAUCGGCAUUUACGAUUCCGCAGAAUGGCGCCUUGGCGGAUCCGAGUGCUUUCGCAAGCGCUGUGGCGGCAGCCGCUGCUUCGGCAGCCGUAGUGGCCGGAGCGAAUCCGGAGCUAGCACAUGCGCAACAACUUCAGAAUGCAUACCUGUCCUACCUGUUGAGUUCUUCACUCUCAAGCGCGCAUCCGAAUGCAGUCGCAUCACCGUUACGUGUAAUGGCCUCACCGCACGAUAAUAAUGGUUCGUUCAUUUCAACACCUUAUUUCUCGACUAUUUUCCAGAGUAACAACGAGAUAUCGCCUCAAAUCGACAUGUUAAUAGCAGUAGCACCGAUAAUCUGUUAG